AUGCUAAUUAUUCCCUUCAUUUUGGGGCUAUCCCUGUGGAGCUCUGACUCGGAGGCCAAGCGGGGAGUCUUUGCCGAUCUGCAUGACAAAACAUUUGAGAUGCUGAUCGCCGGCGGCCACAUACCGGACAGUGGGGCUCUGGUCAGGCACAUUGUCUCCAUACGAACCCUCAACUAUAUUGAAUUCCGUGGUGACAAUCACUUUUGCAGCGGCGUUUUGGUCAGCAGUCGGGCGGUGCUGACUGCCGCCCACUGCGUCACUGACUGGUUCAAGGCGGCCAUGAACCCGCGCUCACUGCUCAUCGUCUUUGGCAACACGCAGCGGCUGGGCUUCUACGAGAUUGAGGAAUGCCGACGCGUGGACCGUCUGGUGCUGCAUCCCGACUACAAACGCUACAAGGAGAACGAUCUGGCGGUGCUCCAACUGAGCAAGCGCAUACCCAGCAACAUGAUCAAUGUGCGGCCCAUGCUGAUGCGGCACCGCUCCCGUGUCACCGUGGGCAUGCGCUGCCUCACCAUGGGCUGGGGACAGGUGUAUCCGCACGGCCCCUACUCAAAUCUAAUCAUCUAUCUGGAUGUGGUGAUCCGUAACCACAGUUUCUGCGAGGGCAAGGUGCCAUCGUACAACAGACGCGGACAUCUGUGCGCUGAGCCCGAUGCCUAUGGCGCAUUCUGUCCCGGCGACAUGGGUGGGCCGCUGAUAUGCAGCGACUGGCUGGCUGGCAUCAUUGGUGGCUCGAAUCUCUGCGAGGGCGGCAAGGCCUUGAAGUUUACAAAUUACUCGUACCACGAAAAGUGGAUCCAAGGCACGGUGCUCGCUCUCACAGGAGAGGCAAACGAUCGAUUAUCUGCGGCUGCCACGCUGCUGCUAUUCUCCCUCUUGAUCAGCAGCUCAUAA